GCGAAUCCCAGGAAGCUGCACGACGGACGAAGAAGAACGGCUGGUCAAGCUUUUGGGGACUUGCUGAGUCAACGAGCCCCUUAUUCCAAACAUCAUUCCGCAAAUCAUCAUUCCCAAAACAAUUUCGUCGCUCGACUCGUGGUGUGGAAUUUGCGGUCAAAUGGACGAAGUGGAGAUUACGGACGUGGACGAAAACGGCGACUUGCUGGAAGUGGAGGAGGAGAAGCAGCACGACCUGCUGUCGUCAUUUAGCCUGAUGGCCGGAGAGCUUUUGUCCGCGUACGGCUGCUACCUGCUGCUGGCGCUCGCGGCGGGCUACGCGCUGCUUCUCUACCUGGGCAAGAGGAGGACCGGGUCCGGUCCCGGCGAACGCGGCGCCUCGCCCGCCGCAUUGCAAGAUGCCGAGGCGGUGGUGAGGAGGCAGGAGGCCAUGGAAGCGUCUCGAAGGAAGAUGCAGCAAGAGCAGGACGCCAAGGCGGCCAUCUUCAGGGAGAAGCAGAAGCAGCAAGAGGAGGAGAAGAGGCGUCAGAAGAUUGAGGAGUGGGACAGCAUGCAGCUGGGGAAGAGUUUCAAAGGAGCUUCCAGACGAUUGCAGAGCAGUGACGAAGACGCCGGCACGUCCGGCGCCCCCGGCAGAGCCAAGAGCGACAAGAAGCCGCUACGCACCUCUGGUAACGCUAGCCGUGACGGCAAAUGGGAGCAAUGCAACACCAACUUCCUGUCACAUGAUACAACUGACACAUGCUGGCGCUGCGCACGCACGCACAUGCGUCGCACUGACUCAAAUGACUCGAGUCGACGCAAGUUGCCAUUUUUAUGACUUGACUUACGACUCUUGACUUUGACUUGGUAGGCAAGAGACUCAACUUGACUUUGACUUGAACUACAUGACUUGACAAGUGAUCUGGUUUAGAGUUGGAAAUCUGUAUUUUAAAUUGAGACAGUCUGCUUUUUUUUUUUUUGUAAGUGAGAAAGGUUUCGGGGGCCAUUCGCGCCAACCUGGCAACCCAGUCCGCGUUGUUGCGCACUUUGCCACUGACGCAGCCACUCGCAUGAACGACGACGGAAGGCGCUCCAAAGAUAAUACAAUUUGGCUUCAAGAAUUUCAGGUUGUCGAUGAAGUCUGCAAAAAGACGCGACCCUGCGUGCUUUGCAACUCGCGCACGAAAGACACGAUGACAACCACGAACUUCAGCCGUCACGGCAAAACUCACGUCGACGGUAAACUGAAAAUUUUAGCCAGUUGGUCAAACAUGAAGUUUUACAGUUUCACAGUCUUCUCGUGCCCAUUAGGUACACAUCCGAUUAUAUUUAGCAACAGAAAACAUUCUUGGGUUUGGUGUUUUCUUAAGAACCGAGAAGAAGAGUUACCCACUUCAAUUGAUUUUGAAAUACAACUUUAAAACACUUGAGUGCAAUAAAUUCACUCAAUCAUAAUCUCAGUUGUUGUUCAUUUAACUUGUAUAAAAUGGGCAUAUUUUUUUUAGUGAUUUGUGAAAAAACAUUUUCUCACUACUCCAAUAUAUGUAUCACGAUUGUAUGACUUGACUCGACUUGCUUGAGAUUUAGUGCCGACUUGUUUUUUUUCCGUCCCGCAGUAACUUGAGACUUGCACGUAUGUGACUUCCUCCCACCUCUGUUAACGUGAUACAUUUCAUCUUUAUCUUUCUGGUUGUUGUUUAUUUGAAUGUCAUGGUCUUAUAUUGUAAUGUGUUAACGUGUAAAAAAAAAAAAAAAAAAAAACCUAUAUAUAUUUUUGCCAAUUUGAGAAGGCCAAAUAUGGACCAAUGAAGUGGACCCCCGUGUCAAUGUUUCGUGUAUUCGAAGUGGCAAAACAUUUUCGCCCGAACCAGAUCGACGAGUUAGUCGAAGAUGGACGCCGGCCUGUCUGGUCUUAAAUCAAGAUGACGUUGUUGUUGUUGUGUUUCAGGGUACGCCCCGCUGAGCGGCGACGGCGGCUCCUGCUCGUGGCGCCCCGGAAGGCGGGGCCCGUCUUCGGGCGGGUGAUCUUAAAGCAGGUCCCGGACCUCGUCGUGUGAGCGCAUGCGCUGGUUGACGCGAGCUCACGGGUCCCUGGACCGCACGCUAAGCUACGCUAUGCUAGGCUAGGCUAGUCUACACUACAGUGAAGCCCCUUUCGUGGUGCGGGACGACGACUUCGAAUUGUAAUGACGAACAGAACGGAAGGAGGGAACGGAGUCAGAGCUCCAUCUAGAGGACAGACGCCACAAGGACGUCUUUCUGCGCGACUCCAACACUGAACGGCAUUUACUGUUUCAUGAGAGAUUAAGAGUAUACAAUAUGGGUCAUUUUGAUGUCAUUUGAUCAAUGGCACACGCACAGCCCUUAUUGACGGAGAAUGAUGGUGGCUCACAGGAAUGCAUUUCAGAGUCAAACGCUAAAGACAAAAGUGCAGAAUGAUCAAAACGGGAACUGGUUCAUACGACUUUGGGAGGUGCAUGCGUUUCUGUCCAUGUGUUGCCAUUCAAACUCUGCCGAUACUACUGCAUCAAUGAUCCCAACUACUUAUGAAAGCAAUUCCACUCUUGUCCUUACAAAAUUGGAAUAACGGUGAACACGUGCAAUAGUUCACACACUUUGAGAUAGUGAUAUCUGAGAAAUAGCAUUUACAACCCCAAUUCCAAUGAAGUUGGGAUGUUGUGUUAAACAAAAAAACAGAAUACAAUGAUUUGCAAAUCAUGUUCAACCUAUAUUUCAUUGAAUACACUACAAAAACAAGAUAUUUAAUGUUCAAACUGAUCAACUUGAUUGUUUUUAGCAAAUAAUCAUGAAGUUAGAAUUCUAUGGCUGCAACACGUUCCAAAAAAGCUGGGACAGGGUCAUGUUUACCGCUGUGUUACUUCACCUUUUAACAACGUUCAAUAGACGUUGAGGACGCUAAUUGUUGAAGCUUUGUAGGUGGAUUUUUUUUCCCAUUCUUGCUCGAUGUACAGCUUCAGCUGUUCAACAGUCCGGGGUGUCCGUUGUCGUAUUUUACGCGUUAUAAUGCGCCACACGUUUUCAAUGGGAGACAGGUCUGGACUGCAGGCAGGCCAGUCUAGUACCCGCACACUUGUACUGCGAAGCCAGGCUGUUGUAACACGUGCAAAAUGUGCUUUGGCAUUGUCUUGCUGAAAUAAGCAGGGGCAUUCAUAAAAAAGGCGUCGCUUGGAUGGCAGCGUAAGUUUCUCCAAAACCUGUAUGUACCUUUCAGCAUGAAUGGUGCCUUCACAGAUGUGUAAGUUACCCAUGCCAUUGGCACUAACACAGCCCCAUACCAUCACAGAUGCUGGCUUUUGAACACGACGACCACAAUUUCCAAAAACAAUUUGAAAUGUGGACUCGUCGGACCACAGAACACUUUUCCACUUUGCAUCGGUCCAUCUUAGAGGAGCUCGGGCCCAGAGAAGCCGGCGGCGUUUCUGGGUGUUGUUGAUAAAUGGCUUUGGCUUUGCAUAGUAGAGUUUGAAGUUGCACUUCCGGAUGUAACGCCCAACUGGAUUUACUGACAUUGGUUUUCUGAAGUGUUCCUGAUAUUCUUUACUCAUUGAUGUCGGUUUUUGAUGCAGUGCCGCCUGAGGGAUCGAAGGUCACGGGCGUUCAAUGUGGGUUUUCGGCCUUGCCGCUUCCAUGCAGUGAUUUGUCCAGAUUCUCUGAACCUUUUGAUGAUAUUCCGGACCGUAGAUGAUGAAAUCCCUAAAUUCCUUGCAAUUGUACGUUGAGGAACAUUGUCCUUAAACUGUUAGACUAUUUUCUCACGCACUCGUUGUGAAUGACUGAGCAAUUGAGGGAAGCUCCUUUUCUACCCAAUCAUGGCACCCACCUGUUCCCUGUUCACCUGUGGGAUGUUCCAAACAGGUGCUUGAUGAGCAUUCCUCAACUUUCUCCGUCUUUUUUGCCACCUGUCCCAUCUUUUUGGGAACGUGUUGCAGCCAUCAAAUUCUGAGUUCAUGAUUAUUUGCUCAAAACAAUCAAGUUGAUCAGUUUGAACAUGAAAUAUCUUGUCUUUGUCGUGCAUUCAAUGAAAUAUAGGUUGAAGGAAAUUCAGUGCCGUUAUUGAGCAAACGACAUGAAAAUGAGCCCUGUGUAUAUUUUUUUUCUGUACUUGUCGUUUCAAACAAACUGGAAGACGCCUUUUGAGAGUAUUUCUUCGCGCCUCUUGUCACUCUCUGGCUGUGAAGAAAUCACUGAGGAAAAGUGCAAAAAAAAAAAAAAGGCCAAGUUUGCUCAUUGGAGCUCUUCCUAACUUCGACUUGGAAGUUUGCUGCAAAACAUCCCUACAACGAGAGAAUCUCACUGUUUGGAUGGAAUUGUUGUCAACUUUGAAACAAGUGCUACUUGGACGCACUCGGAGGAGCAAGACCUCCAAGCCGAGCGUCCGACGAGCCUGGCAGGUGCCACGUGGACCUUCUCGCUCAGUGCUGCCAGGCCGCCUUGUGGCACCACGUGGUACUACGCCGAAGGCACGCCACUUGAAAGCGAGGCGUGUCUUCAGACUUUAAAAACAGAGAAAAAUCAUCUUAUCUUGGGGUUUCACUGUAGCGUAUGUUAGCGUUAGCAUGUAGCGUGCAGGCGCUCCUGUGAGUUCGGGAUGACGUCACGCUCGGAAAUGGUCGCCGACCAGCGAGUGCGACUGAUGAACGCCAGCUCAGUCUCUCUUUUUUAUUAUUGUUUUCGUUUUUUGGCAAUCUUUUCAUCACAUCUCACACUUCAAAAGAGACUUGAUGAGAUGUUUUCCCCCCAUCAUUUCUACGACGCCCUUUUGUUCAAAAUCCCCGAGGAUGAAGAACAAGAAUUCUAGCCAUCUUUUUGCGGACUAUUUCUUGUCGUUGUCGGGGAGGGUCGCUCUCAUGCUGCAGCUCUGCGUACCUUUUGACUUUGACACAAUCAGCGUCAAACUGUUUCUUUUGCUCUGGAACUCUUGAGAAGCCGAGCAGCGGAGUCCUCGGUGAAGGGGCGUGGUUAUGUUUAUUGGGAGCUAGUGACGUCACAACGGGACGGGAAAUGCGAAGGCCUCGCCCGCGGACUCGUUUUCCAGACUUGGGUGUUUCAUUUCACGUUCGAGACACGCUACUGUUGGGGUGCAACACAUGAAAAAGUUAUCAUUUGUUUUUGUAUGUUGCGAAUAACAGCAAAUAAUGGAAUAUUUGCGUGUUACUAUUGAAAUAAUGUAAUGAGAUGUUUGCUUUCUUUCUACCCCUUUUCAAACGAAUUUUGUAUUUGGUCUUCGGAAUUCAGUACUUCAUUUAGUCAUUUAAUCUAAACAAACGUUUCCUCUUCUCUCCAUUGUUAAGCAAUAAACGAACGAUGCCAA